ACAGCAACAGCCAUUCUUCCACAGUCACAUUCUCCUAACAACAUCAAGAAGAGCACACAGUAGCCUAAUUUAGAGGUGACUUCUUAAAAACUAUUUUCAGAAACUUAGAAACAAUGGGAAACUCAUCAACAAACACAGCAUCUACAGCAGUCACACAUAUUUUCAACACCAAUCCCUGGGAUUUGGGAAUCGACCACACUUUCCAGACAUUCUUUACCCCGAACGCCCUGGAUAAUCUGAACAAGCAGUACAAUGGACGAAAACAGGAAGUAGGCAGCUACGAACCAAUCUGGACUAAGAGCCUAGUGACAAACUUAGGGGGACUCACCCGUAUACCAAAAGCAUCAGGCUUCGGGGCUUUAAUCAUAUCUAUAGUGAUAGACAUCGUCACGGCUUCCAUCGAGACCCUGAACCCAGAAGAGGACAGCACAGACAUUCUGCGCCGUGUAUUUGCAGAAGAGAAGGCGUCCACGGUGUACAAUGAAAUGGAGGAAGCCCUCAAGAGAUGUACGAUGAACAUAAAUAACGAGGCUAAGAUGAAGAGCGACAUCGUGAAUGCGGAGCGCAGACUUAGUUUUGCGUUGACAACUCUGAAGAACUCCAUGCUAGAUGGCCACAUGAAGACUCGUUCACUCAAGAUCUGGGUCAAUGGAGCAGCCUUCCAUGUCCAGUUGCUGAUUCACCUAGCUCGACUGGAGGAGGGGGUUGACAGCCACCAAGCGCUAGCAGCCGUCUCAAUCUACCAGAAAAACCUGGAGCAGCUGCUCCUUAAGUACAAUGAAUCUAAAUCUAAGACUAUCGUUGUAAAAUCUGGGUUUCUUUUCGGUAAAGGCCCUAUCGUGUACGAUAUUAUGGAUGAAGAGAUUGGUCAAGCUCUUUUUAGUGGAACAUUUUACCACCAUCUAUAUCCUCCAAACCUUUGGCCUCAUCCAACAGUAAUACUAAAAGCAUUGCAUGAUGAUAUUUUAAAAUAUCCUCAAAUUAUACAGGUGCGAGAGCAUUUCAGGGAAGUCAGGGAAAAUCUGGCCGAACUAAUCAGUCAGAGAGAGUACUUCAUACUGUCUUAGAGACUCCAGAUAUAUACAUAUAUACUGUAUAUAUAUAUCAGAUCUAUAUAUAUAUACUGUAUAUAUAUCAGAUCUAUAUAUAUAUAUAUGUAUAUAGAAAUAUAUACACUGUAUAUAUUUCAAAAUUAUGUUCCUUCCAUUAUUCAGUAAAAAGCCCCCGGUGCAUCAACACCAGGGGCUUAAAGAAUAUACUCAUAUGCAUUAAAUCUGGAUUUGACUAUAGAGACUGAUACUGGUUUACCUCAUCGAUGUUGUCUUUCCUAACAAAUUAAACAGGGUGGUUAUGUAGUUAUAAAGUUCUGUAUCUGUUGUCACACUGCCUACAAGUGUACAAUGCAUUCUUCUCAAUGGGAAUAUCCUUAAGAAUUACAAUCAGUUUGCAAUAAAAUCACACUAAAAGCAA